AAGCUCCGUAUUAUUUUUAAAAUGUUUACAGUCUGACAGUCUGAAACGUUAUUAAAAUAGUUAUAAUUAUAUUUUAUUUUUAAAUUAAUUGUCUUAUUAGUUAAUUUACAUUGUAGAUGUGAAAGGCAGUGAUAGGAAAAAAAAGUGUAUAAAAUCUUAUCAUGUCUAGUAAACUGAAAGUGACAACAGAAUGGAAAAAGCGUGUUAAACAAGAGUAUAUGCGAUUGAGGCAAAUUAAACGUUUUAAACGUGCUGAUGAUGUAAAGGUGUCAUGGAAUCAAAAUCGUUUAAAAAUGACGGAAAUUAUAAUAGAGGAGCAAAAACGAUGGACGGAAUGUAAGGCUACGUGGGUACCAACUCCAGACCCACCCCCUCAUGUCUCAUGUAUGAAAAAGGCAGAGGUUGUAGGAAAUGAAGGUGAUAUUCAAGUGGCACAUAUCAAAGUAAUUAAUGCUGUAACUCCUAUUCCAACAAUGUACACAUGGGCCCCAAUUCAGCAGAAUUUCAUGGUUGAAGAUGAAACAGUACUCCAUAAUAUUCCAUAUAUGGGAGAUGAAAUCCUUGAUCAGGAUGGGACAUUUAUUGAAGAAUUAAUAAAAAAUUAUGAUGGCAAAGUUCAUGGAGACAGGGAAACUGGCUUUAUGGACGAUGAGCUGUUUGUGGACUUGGUCCAUGCUCUGAUGCAAUAUCAAGAGAAGGACAAAUCUGAAAAAAAGGAGACUGCAAAAGAGAAAAAAGAAAAAGAGGAUAAUAAAAAAGUUGAAGAGGAAUUUCCUUGUUUUAUGAUCUUUCAAGCCAUCUCGUCUCAGUUUCCUGAUAAAGGAAGAGCAGACCAACUUAGAGAAAAAUAUAUUGAACUGACUGAACGUUUGGACCCAAAUGCUCUUCCUCCUGAGUGUACUCCCAAUAUUGAUGGACCAAUGGCAGAAUCUGUCCCUAGAGAACAAACAAUGCAUUCUUUUCAUACCCUGUUUUGCAGGCGUUGUUUUAAAUACGACUGCUUUUUGCAUAGGCUUCAAGCUUGUCACCCUGGUCCAAAUUUAAAACGCAGAGGCCCUGAUUUAAAACCAUUCACAGAUCCUUGUGGACCAGAUUGUUACAUGCUUUUGGAUGGAAUUAAAGAAAAAUUGGCCGCAAAAAGAGAACAAGAACAGGAAGAACAUGAAGCCCUCAAGAAUAAAGAAAAAAUAUCAAAAGAAGCUCUUGUGAUCACUGAAGGAGGUAAAUCGACUACAAUGCCAAGAAAGGUGUGCAAGCAGCAAUCUGUGGACUCAGGCAAUGAGGCUAGUUCAGAAGACAGCAAUGACAGUAAUAAUAAGGAUUUUAAUCGUAAAAUUGACAAUGAGACUCCUUCAACAGAUUCUACAGAUGCCGACCCUGUGUCCACGACCACUUCUUUCAGUCUUUUAGGACUUAUGGGUGAAAACGACCAUCGCGAAUGGACGGGGGCCGAUCAAAGUCUUUUCAGAGCUUUGCACAAAGUCUUUCUCAACAACUAUUGCGCUCUCGCACAAAUGAUGCUCACCAAAACAUGUCAACAGGUUUAUCAUUUUGCCCAAAAAGAAGCAGCUCAUAUUCCUACUGAGGAAUCGAUGAGAGAUUAUACCCCUCCUAGAAAGAAGAAGAAAAAACAUCGACUGUGGUCUAUGUACUGUAGAAAAAUCCAAUUGAAGAAAGAUUCUAGCAGCAACCACGUAUACAAUUUCACUCCCUGCGAUCACCCAGGACAGCCCUGUGACGCCAUGUGUCCCUGUAUUGGUGCACAAAAUUUCUGUGAGAAAUUUUGUCAGUGCAGCUCUGACUGUCAAAAUCGUUUUCCUGGAUGCCGUUGUAAGGCACAAUGCAACACGAAGCAGUGCCCCUGUUAUCUUGCUGUUCGAGAAUGCGAUCCAGAUCUUUGCCAAACUUGCGGUGCUGAUCAGUUUGAUGUCACAAAAAUUACUUGCAAGAACGUUAGCGUUCAACGAGGACUUCAUAAACAUCUUUUGAUGGCGCCUUCGGACGUGGCAGGUUGGGGAAUAUUCCUAAAGGAUAGCGCGCAAAAGAACGAAUUUAUUUCAGAAUACUGUGGCGAAAUUAUUUCCCAAGACGAAGCAGAUCGACGAGGGAAAGUCUAUGAUAAAUAUAUGUGUAGCUUUUUAUUUAAUCUCAAUAACGAUUUUGUUGUUGAUGCUACACGUAAAGGAAAUAAAAUUCGUUUUGCAAAUCACUCAAUAAAUCCAAAUUGUUAUGCCAAAGUAAUGAUGGUUAAUGGGGACCACAGGAUAGGAAUAUUUGCAAAACGAGCAAUUCAACCUGGAGAAGAACUCUUCUUUGACUACAGGUAUGGUCCUACUGAACAACUGAAAUUCGUGGGGAUCGAACGGGAAAUGGAGUUUGUUCUUGAUAACAAAUAAGUAAAAGUUAUUCAACUAAGUAGCUAUCUAUUAUAUUAUAAUUGUUGUAUUUUAUUAUAGUGUUGAAUGCUUUUUUUAUUUUUUAAACAACCAAUUUGGUUUGCAAGCCAUAGCCAGAGAAUUGUGAGGAAUUUGCUCCAUUUAAAUUGAAUUACACAUAUUUUCUGUUAUCUCUAAAUUUUUUUAAUUUAGUUUUCCUAAAUUUGAAAUGUUUUAAAUUAAGGUCAGCUUUAGAGGGUAAGUUUGACUUAGUAUGGGGCAAAUUCACCACUGUACUUCCCAUUUUAAAAUUGGUGAUUUAAAUUAAAUAAAUUUCUCAACCACAUAGAUUAUAGAACAUAUGUACACAUAAACUAUCGUAUUAAAUUUUGUAUUUUAAA